UCUAAGCGCAUUAUAGUUCCAUUCCUCCGCUACGGCCAAGUGGACUGCAAUUAGUAAACAGUUUCCAAUGAACUACAGAGCUGUUCAUGGCGUUGCAUUCAUUGCUAGAAAAUACUGACGUUACUUUUUUUUUUCAGUCGCAGUUAAUUGCAGACUUUGGUUAUCCCGUGCAAGAGUACACUGUGACGACAGAAGACUUGUACGACAUCAUGAUACAAAGGAUACCACACGGACGCGUACCGGAAGCGGGACAAAGGGAAGGAAAACCUGUCGCCUUCCUGAUGACUGGGGUUCUAAGUAGCAGUGCAGACUUCGUCGUAAAUAUGCCAGAUCAGAGCCUAGGAUUCAUCUUAGCGGACCACGGCUUUGAUGUGUGGUUGGGCAACGUAAGAGGCAACAGCUACUCAAAACACCGCAUCCUCAAAAGGUGGCAGCCUAAAUUCUGGGAUUUCAGCUUCGAUGAAAUGAUCCAGUACGAUCUGCCGGCACAAAUAGACGCGAUUCUGGCCGUGACGAAGAUGAAUUCGCUGCUCUACGUGGGGUGGUCUCAAGGGACCAUAAUAAUGUUCGGCUUGCUUGCGACGAAACCGGAUUACAACGAGAAGGUAAGCCUCGGAAUUUCGUUGACGUGGCCGAUGAGAACAGCUCCCAUAAUAAAGGCCAAUCAAUUUCAGAAAUUCGAUUGGGGUUUACUGAAGAACAAGAUAAAAUAUGGUCAGGCGAAACCUCCGCAGUACGACCUUAGCAAAGUCACGGCACCAGUGGCCCUCUACUGGAGCGAAGGAGACGCCCUGGUCGGUCCAGAAGACGUGACGCACCUCAAAAUGCUGCUGCCCAACGUGGUGCUCAGUUACAAGGUGCCCGUGCCCGGCUUCACGCACGUGGACUUUGCGUGGAGCAUCAAUGCCAAGAACCACCUCUACAAGGCGGUUUUGUACAUGAUGAUGACUGCACAGAUGCAACCGCCUAUCCACCCAUCAUCUAAUGCCUGAGAGAGGGCAUCGCCGAUGGAGCGUUGAAAGAGAACCGAAAGCUGGGCGAGUUGCUAAUUAAUAAUUGUUAAACUGCAUUAGCGUGCCAAAGCCGAACGACACAGGAAGUUAAUAAAGAGGCGCUGAAUAUACCAAUUCAGUUUCUUUUCUUUUUUUAUCAAGACACGUAUACGUAUAAUACAGCAAUCUACAAUUCGCAUGCGCA